GAUGGCAUGACGGUCCUGCAUCUGGCUGCGAGAUACGGUCACGUGGAUGUCUUGGAGGUGUUACGUGGCAAAGUCCCUUGGAACAUGGCCAGUGUCAAGACUGGAUUAACUGCGCUUCACGUGGCAGCACGCUUUGGUCAAAUCGAUGUGGUCCGAGAGAUGCUGGUCAAAUGCCCGGGGACUAUCAAGAGCGAAUCCCCUACCCUCUCGGACAGCGAAAAGUCUGGAAAUACGGAUUAUAGUUUUACUCCAUUGCACUUGGCUGCUCAGUCUGGUCACGUGGGUGUUGUAAGAAUACUGCUGAACUCUCCUGGUGUGCGGGUGGACUCGGCAACAGCCAUACAGGGAUUGAUUCCACUUCAUUUAGCUGCAGAAAAUGGACACUCUGAAGUCGUCAGCUUAUUACUGAGCAAAUCGACCAUCCAGCUGCACGUAAAAGACAAAGCAGGCCGAACAGCCCUUCACUUAGCUGCUGCUAAUGGCCACAGAGAGCUGGUGUCUCAGUUGAUAGGACAAGGCGCAGAUAUCAACGCUCCAGACGAAAACGCCUGUGCUCCUAUCUACAUGGCAGCCGAUUCUGGAAGAGUUGAAGUUGUAAAAUUAUUGGUAGAAUCUGGAGCUUCUCCCUGCGUUGAAAAUAAGGAAGGAAAGUUUCCUAUCUGUUAUGCCGCUGCUUCGGGACAUUUGUCAGUCGUUAGCUAUCUGUUGCAGCAAGAAAUGAAUACAAAACGUCUGAUUGCGGACAGGAAGUUUCUUUUCGACCUCAUGGUAUGCUCCAUGGCUGUUGAGUACGAAUCAUUAGUGGACUUCAUCUUACAAACCCCUGCACCAAUAUACUCAGCUGCAAAGUUGUCGCGACACUUCCGAACAGAAUCGACGAGAGAGAAAGAACGAGGGCGAGAUCUUAUCGCCGUCAGCAAAGUGUGCUCCAACGUUGCGGUAGAGCUUCUCUCCUUGGCGUGCGCGGCCAACCCAGAACAGCUCCUUACGGCCGUAGAUGAUCGGGAGAUCCCUUUCUUAGAUUUUUUGAUAGAAACCGAACAGAAAGACUGUGUAUCGCAUCCGACUGUCCAAGUAUACCUUGGAGAUGUUUGGCGUGGAGAUUUCAAAUGGGACGAUUGGAAAUAUUUUUUAUUAUUUAUUUUAUGUCUAUUUUGUCCGCCAUUUUGGGCGUUUUUAUGCCUGCCGUGGAAGGAUCGUUUUCACAAAGUACCGAUAAUCAAAUUCAUUUGUCAUUUGAUUUCACAUCUUUACCUUAUCUUGUUGUUCUGUUUGACAACCGUGGUUCCUUGGAGCAGCCCAGUAGAUGAUCUAACCCCUCAUUGGUACGAACUGCUAUUAUUAAUCUGGCUGUCUGGAUUAUUAUUAUCCCAGCUCACUGAUCCCCAUGAUCGAGCUGGACUGGGAUGGAUUCCAUUAAUUGUACUCUUUUUAAGUAUGAUUGGAAUUUUUCUGCAUUUGAUUGCUAACGCCUUCUACAAAGACGAGCACAAAAACACACGCAUCGACAUGAUCUACACUCGUAACCAGUUCCUUGCGAUUGCAAUGAUGCUUUGUUUUGCACAACUUUUAGACUUCUUAUCGUUCCAUCACUUGUUUGGUCCAUGGGGGGUCAUCAUCCGGGACCUGAUGUACGACUUGGUUCGUUUCCUGGUCAUCUUGUUAAUAUUCAUACUUGGUUUCACAGCUCACUUGGCUGCCGUGUACCGACCAAUGUACGAGAACGACAAGACGGCUAAUAAAAUAACACCCCCUCAAUUCAGCUUUUUCGUCUGCUUCGAGCUUCUCUUCUUCAGUUUGUUUGGACUUACUGAAAUGGAGAGUCUUCGACCAGAAGGAAAUCAUCACUCAGUCACAUACAUCCUGGCUAAAGCAACGUUCGGUAUUUAUAACGUUAUUACAAUCAUCGUACUUGUAAACUUACUCAUCGCUAUGAUGAGCGAUACUUAUCAGAGAAUACAGAGGCAGUCGGACACUGAAUGGAAGUUUGGCCGCGCAAAGCUCAUUCGGAAUAUGAAACGGUCUACAACCACUCCGUCACCUCUAAACCUCAUCACCAAACUCAUGUCUUAUAUACGCAUCCUGUAUAGAACUAAAUGUCGAUGUUGUCGCUCGGACAUCAUCGAUAUUCUACGCACCGAAGACCAGGUUCCCGAAGGCCUCUCGAUGAGCAUUAACGCCUCAUACACCAAAAACCGAGUCCAUUCGUGGCCUUUAAAUGGUGGCCCGAGUCACCGAGACAGCAUAACUAGAAUUUCCCGGAUCGAAGAGGUCUUGGAUUGGAAAUUAUUGGUUAAGAAAUUUAUAGCAUUACGAGGCGGGAAUACUGAGUUAGUCAAAGAAACCACCCGUCAUUUGAGUCUAAAACAACCGACAGCAAUCUUUAACAUGGACGCUAGUGCACCGAAACAUCGACGUCCAGCGUCUGUCUUAGGGCUCGGCCGACCAGCUGUGUCCAGCUUUGGGUCUACAAUGUCGCUACAUCGUGUUGUGAACGAGACGGUGCGAAAGCUAGAUAUCGUAUCAAGCAUGAAAGAACUAUCGGAUGCGGAAUAAAGCCUGGAAAAGUAAUGCUUUACGAACGCUACAUAUGGUAUGGUAUGGAACCAUCAGAUGUGGGUCCACCUGAGGUAUUUGACCAACAGAUGUGGGUCCUGCUGAGGAAGGGAACCAACAGAUGUGGGUCCUGCUGAGGUAUGGGACCAACAGAUGUGGGUCUACCUGAGGUAUGGAAUCAUCAGAUGUGGGCCCACCUGAGUUAUUUGACCAACAGAUGUGGCUCCUGCUGAGGUAUGGGACCAACAAAUGUGGUUCCACCUGAGGUAUGGGACCAUCAAUUGUGGGUCCACCUGAGAAAGGGGACCAACAGAUGUGGGUCCACCCUUAAAUAAGUGACCAAUUCAGAAAAAAUAAAAAGGAAAGAUACUGAAGUUAUAUAAGUUUUCUUUUCGAUGUAUUCAAAUAAAGAUUUAUUUUAAUUUUUCAA